AUGGUAUCGCAUGCACUGCGACACCACCAGGAAAGAGUCUGCGGUAUUUUAGUUGGCCCCGGUGAUUCCUCCGUAGUAAAAAACCAAGAAGUAAUAUGCACAGAGGCUGUGCCGCUGUUGCACACGCACAUGCUGCACCCGCAGCUGCGGCUGGGAGUUGAACUGGUUGAGACCCUCUGUGAAGGGGGGGUGACGGAGGAAAGCGGCGAGUUUUUCGCUGCUUUUCGCGAAAAUAAAUGGACAAAGCCGAAAAUUGUUGGAAUUUAUUACGCAGAUGUCCUCACAACGGCAGAUAAAACGCCAACCAUGAACAAAGAGGCAUCGCAUAUUGCACGCGUAUUGAGGCAGCACUACCCUCAACUGGUAGUCUGCCUGCUGGAUUUCAGGAGGAUGCCCGAGUCGAAGCCAGUAACAACAUUUUGGAGUUUUGGAGCCACCAACUGGACAGCUGUUCCUACAGAGGCUAUUCACGUUUCAGACGCCGCGCAAGAACUCGCAGCGAAAACUGUGCAAGAGCACACGUAA